AACUCUUUCAGAAUGUCUAUUUUAGGAUUAAAGAAGAAACAGCCAAAGACUUUCAAAGUCAAAGUUAUCACUAUGGAUGCUGAAAUGGAGUUCAGCUGUGAGGUUAAAUGGAAAGGCAAAGACCUGUUUGACCUGGUGUGCCGCACUGUUGGUUUGAGGGAGACCUGGUUUUUUGGACUCCGGUACACGGUAAAGGACACCUACGCCUGGCUAAAGCCAGAGAAGCGGGUUUUGGAUCAGGAGGUUCCCAAGGACUCUCCCAUUACAUUUCACUUCCUGGCUAAAUUCUUCCCAGAAAAAGUAGAGGAGGAACUGGUCCAAGAGAUAACGCAACACCUCUUCUUCUUACAGGUGAAAAAACAAAUCUUAGAUGAGGAGAUAUUCUGUUCCCCUGAGGCCUCCGUUCUGCUGGCGUCAUAUGCUGUCCAGGCUAAGUAUGGCGACUAUGAUCCCAACUUUCACAAGCCAGGCUUCCUGGCCCAAGAUGAGCUGUUGCCUAAAAGGGUCCUGAUGCAGUACCAAAUGACAGCUGACAUGUGGGAGGAGAAGAUCACGGCUUGGUAUGCCGAGCACAGAGGCAUCGCCAGAGACGAGGCUGAGAUGGAAUACUUAAAAAUCGCUCAGGACCUUGAGAUGUACGGCGUUAGCUACUUUUCUAUUACACAAAAUAAGAGGGACACGGAACUUUUACUGGGAGUGGAUGCUCAGGGCCUUCACAUCUACAGCCCCAACAGCAAACUGAACCCGAACAAGUCCUUCCCAUGGAGCGGCAUCCGAAAUAUCUCUUACAGUGAAAAAGAGUUCACAAUCAAACCCCUGGACAAAAAGAAAGAUGUUUUCAAGUUCUACUCUUCUCAGCUGCGAGUCAACAAGCUGGUUAUCUUGCAGUUGUGCAUUGGGAACCACGACCUAUUCAUGAGGAGGAGGAAGGUGGACUCCAUUGAGGUGCAGCAGAUGAAGGCUCAGGCCAAAGAAGAGAAGGCCCGCAAGAAGAUGGAGCGUCAGAUCCUGGCCCGGGAGAAACAGAUGAGGGAGGAAGCGGAGCGAGCUAAAGAGGAGAUGGAACGAAGACUCUUCCAACUGCAGGACGAGGCGCGGCUGGCCAACGAGGCGCUGCUGCGAUCGGAGGAGACUGCAGACCUGCUGGCAGAGAAGGCCCAGAUAGCUGAGGAGGAAGCCAAGCUGUUGGCCCACAAAGCUGCGGAGGCCGAGCAGGAGAGGCAAAGGUUAGAGGUCACGGCCAUGAAGACCAAGGAGGAGAAAAGGCUGAUGGAGCAGAAGAUGAGGGAGGCGGAGCAGCUGGCUGUGAAGCUGGUGGAGCAGUCUGAGAGGAGGUGCGAUAUCAUCUUAUUCCAUCCCAUAACUUCUGAAGCGGAUCACCUGAAGCAGGACCUGACCGAGGCAAAGGAUGCUGAAAGAAGAGCCAAGCAGAAGCUGCUGGAGAUCACAAAGACCACCUACCCGCUCAUAGCCGCCUACUCCACUCCCCCCGCUCCUCCCGAACCGUCAGAAUUUGGCUACGAAUCAACGUCUUCACGCCUCGACUUCAAAGACUCCGACAUGAACAGGCUGUCGAUGGAGAUCGAGAGAGAGAGGUUGGAGUACAUGGAGAAGAGCAAGCACCUGCAGGACCAGCUGAAGGAGCUGAAGUCAGAGAUCGAGUCUCUGAAGCUGGAGGAGCAGCAGCAGCAGGCCGGCCUGUACAGCGUCCACAGCGAGGCCAGGGGAUACGUCCAGGAGCCCGCCGUCUACCUACCCCACAGCAACGUGCCGGAACUCGGCUUACAUGUCUCAGAUGGCCUACUUCGAAGAAGUGUGAGGGCCGUCCCGCAGAACGAGGAGGAGGAGGAGGAGGAGGAGGAGGAGGGGCACCCUCUCCUUCUGUAG